CUAUGAGCUCUCUGAUUGGUUCGAAUCUAAUCUAUCUACGUAGUCGCGUCAAUGCGCGUCUUCCUAUAUUCACGACGCGUGCUUGCUCAACUCUAAACUUCCCCUCCACACCUUAUAGAAGCCUGUACUAAGGUAGUAUGCGACUGUACUCAAUUAAUAACCAGUCAUUUUCUCCUCGAGAUUCCCACCCUAAAGUUCUGCUUCUUCGAUACCUCACGACGUUCUGUACAACGACUACGAGCUUUCGAGUCCUCCACCGCAGCAAGCGAUCGUAUAGUGUCCUUGUAGCAUAUCGUUGUCAUACUGCGACUGUAAGAAUUGCUAUGCCACCGAAACAGGCGACUCUUGGGUACGUUAGAUCUGGACAGCAGACCCUAGGGUGAAAUUCUUUGGACAUCCAGAUGGAGCGAAGCCAGCUGCCCAACAAACGAAACUGGCUUUCUCGAAGAAAGCAGUGGAGAGUCCUAGCGUUAGCAAGGUAACCG